CAGAAAAAAUCAAGUAAAACGAGAAAAGAGAGGAUAAACCAGCAAGCCACUGGAAAGAGAAAGACCAGAGAGAGAAAGCGAAAAAUAAAGCUUGAUAAAACCCUAAGUACUAUCACCAAAGUCCAAAAUAUCGCGCGAUAAAUAAAAAAGAAAAGAGAAACAUCCCAACUCUGCAACCUCCGUUUAUCUCUCCGUCGACUCGCCUCUCCCCCUUCUCUCUCUGUGGGCGUGCUGGACUCGGAAACAUUUUCUAUUUAAUCGGUUGUGCUGGGCUCGGAAACAUUUUAUAAUUAAUCAUGGUUCGAGAAAAAGAUGUUUGCUGGGAAUAUGCUGAGAAAUUAGAUGGAAACAAGGUGAAAUGUAAAUUUUGUUUAAGGAUUUUGAAUGGUGGGAUUAGUAGAUUAAAGCAUCAUUUGUCUAGACUUCCGAGUAAAGGUGUGAAUCCGUGUAGCAAAGUGAGGGAUGAUGUUAGUGAUAGGGUAAGAGCUAUAAUAGCAUCCAAGGAUGAUGUUAAAGAAACUGGCAAUGCCAAGAAGCAGAAGGUUGUGGAGGGUAAAUCUACGGUAAAUGUUACUUCGAGUCGAAGUCUUUUGACCGUCGAAGCAACAGCUCCAACUCCGGUGGUGGCGAAAGUUUACCCUACUGUGAUGCCAAUGCCAAUGGCAGUGCCACCUCUAAGCAGCCAAGAGAAUGCUGAAAAAAACAUUGCUCUCUUCUUUUUUGAGAAUAAGUUGGAUUUUAGUGUUGCUCGUUCUCCGUCGUAUCAGCUAAUGGUUGAUGCAAUUGGGAAAUGUGGUGCGGGAUUUACAGGGCCUUCGGCUGAUAUGUUGAGGACUACGUGGUUGGAAAGGAUCAAGUCUGAAGUUAGUUUGCAAACGAAGGAUGCCGAGAAAGAGUGGGCGACCACUGGUUGUACUAUCAUUGCUGACACAUGGACGGAUAACAAGUCUAGAGCUUUGAUCAACUUCUUAGUUUCCUCUCCCUCCAGGACGUUUUUCCACAAGUCUGUAGAUGCAUCGUCUAUCUUUAAGAACACCAAAUGCCUUGCUGAUUUAUUUGAUUCUGUUAUUCAAGACUUUGGUGCUGAAAAUGUUGUGCAGAUAAUUAUGGAUAGUAGUUUCAACUAUACGGGUAUUGCUAACCACAUUCUUCAGAAUUAUGGAACCAUUUUUGUGUCUCCUUGUGCUUCUCAAUGCUUGAAUUUGAUCUUGGAGGAGUUCUCUAAAGUAGAUUGGGUGAACAAAUGCAUCUUACAAGCACAAACCAUAUCAAAGGUUAUAUACAAUAGUGUCUCAAUACUCGAUCUGAUGAAAAAGUUUACCGGAGGGCAGGAACUAAUCAAGACUGGUAUCACGAAGCCUGUGUCGAAUUUCCUCUCAUUGCAAUCGAUGCUGAAGCAGAGGUCAAGAUUGAAGCAAAUGCUCAACAGCCCUGAGUUUUCUAUGAAUUCCUCGUAUGCAAAUAAUCCAAAAAACAUAGCUUGUAUUGCUAUCAUUGAGGAUGGGGAUUUCUGGAGGGCAGUGGAAGAAAGUGUGGCUAUAUCCGAGCCUUUUCUCAAAGUGAUGAGGGAAGUAUCAGGUGGUAAACCUGCUGUGGGUUCUAUCUACGAGUUAAUGACCAGGGCCAAGGAAUCGAUUAGGACUUACUACAUAAUGGAUGAAAGCAAAUGCAAGACCUUUUUAGACAUAGUAGACAGAAAGUGGGGGGGUCAACUCCAUUCACCUUUACAUUCAGCAGCUGCAUUCUUGAACCCCAGCGUCCAGUAUAAUCCAGAAAUUAAAUUCCUUGUAUCUAUUAAAGAAGACUUCUUCAAGGUUAUAGAGAAGCUACUUCCUACACCUGAUAUGAGACGUGACAUCACCAAUCAGAUUUUUAUUUUCACGAGGGCAAGUGGAAUGUUUGGUUGUAGUCUAGCUAUGGAGGCACGAGAUACAGUUGCACCUGGGCUUUGGUGGGAACAAUUUGGUGACUCUGCACCCGUGUUGCAACGAGUUGCCAUCAGAAUACUGAGUCAGGUUUGCAGCACGUUUACUUUCGAGAAACAUUGGAGCACAUUUCAGCAAAUUCACUCUGAGAAACGCAAUAAGAUUGACAAAGAAACAUUGAAUGACCUUGCCUACAUAAACUACAAUCUCAAGUUAACAAGACAAAUGAGAACAAAACCUUUAGAAGCCGAUCCUAUUCAAUACGAUGACAUUGAUAUGACUUCAGAGUGGGUCGAGGAGAGUGAUAACCCGAGUCCAACUCAAUGGCUUGAUCGCUUUGGUUCUGCUUUGGAUGGCAGUGAUUUGAACACGAGAUUCAAUGCUGCCAUAUUCGGUUCCAACGACCACCUUUUUGGUUUGUGAUUAUGCAAAGUCCGUCGUGCCAUUUUCUCAGAAAGCCUUGUAAUCAAGCUCAGAAAGUUAGCCCCUGGUUUUAGAUCUUUACUCAUUAGUGUUUAUCUUUUGUGUAUUAAAGAAAUGUAGUGGUAGCUUGAUGUUGAUAUCCCCGUGCCUUGAUGUAAAUAUGCCUAGAAAGUUAGCCUUAUGUUGUAGUAACUAGUAAAUCGCUUAUUUAUAAAUUAAAAAGGAGGGUUUCACUGUA